AACCCCCCAACCUGCAUCCCGCUGGAGCCCCAUCUCCUGCCAGUUAAACACCCAUGGAGAUCUUAUACUUCAACACUUCCAUCCUCUACAUCCAUAAACCAGCAAACAGUAGCAUUAGGGGUGGUGACAUUACUGUGUAUGACACGUGUAAGCACAUGCCUGAGGUCCUGAUCUUUUAUCUGGCCUUGCAGUUCAUCAAUAUGUUCUUGGGGAUCCCUGCUAACUUGAUAGUGUUGUGGCUCCUGCACAAGAACAAGGGGGACUCCUCCAGCUCCGACAUCUUCAUCCUCCACCUGGCCAUCCUGGAUACCUUCUUCUGCCUCAUCCCACCCCUGGAGCUGGCCAACAUAGUCUUCCUCACCACCAGCAGCACCUGGUAUGUAUUGCGCUUCUUCUACGGGGUGAAAGACUCUUCGCCGCUCUUCCUCUCCUGCAUCUGCAUGGACCGCUACAUGGCCGUCCUGCACCCAAUCACCUUCACCGAGCUGAAGGACCGAAACCACCGUGCGGUCUGCGCUGCUGUGGUGUGGCUGAUCACCCUGGUCUAUGCCGCGGCCAAAUGCGUGGGCAACAUCCCCAACUUUGAGAAGGCCUUCACCGUCAUGAUCCUGGCAGCUUUUGCCUUCAUGCUCUUCUGUAAUGUGGCCAUCCUGCAUGCACUCCGCAAGUCGGGCCCCGGUCGUGAUGAGAUGCACCCCGUCAAGAAGAGGGCCUUCAAGAUGGUGCUCAUCAUCCUGGCCAUCAUCGUCUUCAACUAUUUCCCACCUGUGGCAUUGUUCCCCUUCAAGGAGUACUUCUCCCUAGAAGUGUUCCACUGUUACAUCCACUACAUAGCAUUUGGCUUCAUGGACAUCAGCAGCAGCAUUCAGCCUCUUCUCUACCUCUCCCGGGAAAUUCCCAGGGUCCCUUGCUGUUGCCCUAAGGAACAAGACUCAGGAAACUCCACUGAUCCAAGUUGAACUUUUUGAUCAAAAAUCCAUUGUGUAGAUUUUCAAUUUAAUAUUUAUUUUUGUAGGAUUUUUAUUUCUCCAGUUAUGGAACUGAAGCAGGUUUUUGUAAUGAAACUCAUUUUAAAUAAAUGAUCGUGCAUCACGCA